GGGCUUCAUCAGGCUGGACAUGUCUGAGUUCCAAGAGCGGCAUGAGGUGGCCAAGUUUAUCGGGUCCCCACCAGGCUACGUUGGACAUGAGGAGGGUGGCCAGCUGACCAAGAAGCUGAAGCAGUGUCCCAAUGCUGUGGUGCUCUUCGACGAGGUGGACAAGGCCCAUCCAGAUGUGCUCACCAUCAUGCUGCAGCUGUUUGAUGAGGGCCGGCUGACGGAUGGAAAAGGGAAAACCAUCGACUGCAAGGAUGCCAUCUUCAUCAUGACCUCCAAUGUGGCCAGUGACGAGAUUGCACAGCACGCGCUGCAGCUCAGGCAAGAGGCUUUGGAGAUGAGCCGUACCCGUAUCGCCGAAAACCUUGGGGAUGUCCAGAUUAAUGACAAGAUAACCAUCUCAAAGAACUUCAAGGAGAAUGUGAUACGCCCCAUCCUGAAAGCUCACUUCCGGAGAGAUGAGUUUCUGGGAAGAAUCAACGAGAUUGUCUACUUCCUCCCCUUCUGCCACUCAGAGCUCAUCCAACUUGUCAACAAGGAACUGAACUUCUGGGCCAAGAGAGCCAAGCAAAGGCACAACAUCACACUGCUCUGGGACCGCGAGGUGGCAGACGUGUUGGUCGACGGUUACAAUGUGCACUAUGGCGCCCGCUCCAUCAAGCAUGAGGUCGAGCGCCGUGUCGUGAACCAGCUGGCAGCCGCCUAUGAACAAGACCUGCUGCCGGGGGGCUGUACUCUGCGCAUCACUGUGGAGGACUCAGACAAACAGCUGCUCAAGAGCCCCGAACUGCCCUCACCCCAGGCUGAGAAGCGUCCACCCAAGCUGCGGCUGGAGAUCAUCGACAAGGACAGCAAGACCCGCAAACUGGACAUCCGGGCCCCGCUACACCCUGAGAAGAAAGCACUGUAAGCACCCAGAGGGCAGAUACUCGGUUGUCCAGCUCACUGUCCUAUUCACAGGACCUGACACAGUGCCAGCAUGUGACAGAUGCUCCAGGUAUUCGGAUGGUUGGGCGUGCCCUGCAGUGAGCACAGAUCUUCACAGUGGGUCCCAGGACAGAACAGUGUCAUCUAUUCACUGAGCACACGUGUAUUUGUCAUGUUCUUGUGGCCAGCCAGUAGGAUCUGCCAGGAUUAGACCCUGAGCAAAUGGGGCAAAGCAAGACCCAGAACCCAUAUUGAGUAUCCUGGAAUGCAUGAGACAGGGCUUGAAAAUGAAAAUGUAACACCUUUAUUAUUCAAAAAGAAAAACUCAGAGAUGCGUGGUGAUUGUUUUAGAAAUUUAGGAAGGGGCAUCUGGGUGGUUCAGUUAGUUAAGCAUCUGAUUUUGGCUCAGGUCAUGAUCUCAGGGUUGUGAGA